UGGAGCAGCUUCAUGCUGCCUUGCUGGGUGAAACAUUGCUAAUGGAAAGAAAGCCUUAUAAGAUCCAGCUGGUCAAAACACACCUAAAUGCAGCAUAAUGCCUUCAAAAGUGUCAUGUUUAUACCUAUUGACAGUGGUCUGCUGGGCGAGCGCUCUGUGGUACUUGAGUAUAUCUCGCCCAACCUCCACUUAUGUUGGCCACAUGUCUGUGCCUAUGCGUAAGACUGCAAAAACCCCCAAAAACAUCACCUUCACCAACAUUCACACCCGCACCCUUAACCCACAUGCCUUUGAAUUUGUCAUCAAUGAGCCGAAGAAGUGCGAAAGUGCCGCUCCCUUCCUGGUCAUCCUCAUCAGCACCACGCACAAGGAGUUUGAUGCGCGGCAGGCCAUCAGGGAGACCUGGGGGGAUGAGAGCACAUUCACCGACAUCCGCAUCCUCACCAUCUUUCUGCUGGGCAGGAACACGGACCCCGUCCUGAACCAGAUGGUGGAGCAGGAGAGCCAGAUCUUCCAUGACAUUGUGGUGGAGAACUUUAUUGAUUCUUACCACAACCUCACCCUCAAGACCAUGAUGGGCAUGCGCUGGGUAGCUACCUUCUGCCCCAAAGCACAGUAUGUCAUGAAGACGGACAGCGACAUCUUUGUCAACAUGGACAAUCUAAUCUACAAGCUCCUGAAGCCCACCACCAAGCCAAGACGGAGAUAUUUUACUGGCUAUGUUAUAAACGGCGGUCCCAUACGGGAUAUGCGCAGUAAGUGGUACAUGUCUAGGGACUUGUAUCCUGACAGUAAAUACCCACCGUUCUGCUCGGGCACUGGCUAUGUGUUCUCAGCAGACGUUGCAGACCUAAUCUUCAAGACUUCAUUGCACACGAGACUGUUGCACCUGGAGGAUGUGUAUGUGGGACUGUGUUUGCGUAAGCUGGGUAUACACCCAUAUCAGAACAGUGGUUUUAAUCACUGGAAAAUGGCCUACAGUCUGUGCAGGUACAGACGGGUCAUUACCGUGCACCAGAUCUCCCCUGAGGAGAUGCACCGCAUUUGGAACGACAUGUCCAGCAAGAAGCACCUGCGAUGUUAGAGGACAUGAGGCCCACUGGACAACUCUUUUUUUUAUUUCUUUUUCUUUUUGCCUUUUUCUCCUUUUCAGACUUCAUCACACUGAGUAAUGUAAAAAUAUUGAGGGCUGCUGCAAGUCUCUACAUCAUGACACGUUUUCAUUAACAUCCAUCUAUGUCUAUUUCUGCUGAUUACGCCUCAUGAUUGUUAAUGAAUGCACGAGGCUUGUAAAGCGCAUAUUCUCAUGCAUAAUUAAAAUGUGGUGUUUGUUACUGAAAGUAAUUUUGUUCAUGUAUUCCAGGUAUACAUCUAAGCAGAAUAUUCUUCAUCAUAAGCAUUAAGUCAAUCAGUAUUAAAGGAUCAGUGUGUAGGAUUUAGGGGCAUCUAGUCGUGAGGAUUGCAGAUUACAAACAACUGAAGCUUUUCCCAUGUGCUAAGCGUGAGCUCCUGGUUAGUAUUUCUUCAGUGUUCAUUGCUGAGGACAUUUUUACCAGGAGCCAAACUGUCCUCUCCAAAACUAAUGUACCAGAGGUCUCAUUUAUCAACACUGCACAUAAACAUUACAUGUACAAAAUGAGGCCUGAAAGAGGCAUACGCCACUUCCCAUGCAAAAGUUGUGAUCUAU